CAUUAAAAAGUGACAUACGAUUGGGAAAUGUCAGGUUAUGGCAGGGAUGGGCAUAGAGUGUCGCGCCUGGCGGCACAGACCAGGCUAGAGCCAGCAGGAACUAUCAGUUGGGUGCCAGGUUCCCGUCCGCUCACACACACUCACACGGCUCGAUACCUCAGUAAGCCGUGACAAUGCCUCGCUACGCCUACCAGAAGCCUAGAAACAGGCUGUACAGCUACGACUGCUACAAGCCGCCUCUCACCCUCUACUUCGACAAGGAAUCCUCCACUAAGGAAAAGCCUGGCGACCAGUCCUUUGUGGAGCGCCUCAAAACCUUCCCCCUGGACGGCAGCAUCUACUAUGAGAGAGCAUCCAGUGCCCCCCCUCUCUCAACCGCCUACGACGACAUCUACUACGAGAUUCUUCCACCCAAGUCGGCCGAGUCUCCUGAGGCCACCGCCAGAGGCCCGCUGAGGAAGCUGAAGACUGUGCAUCAUUCUCAUCACCUGCGUAUUGCGAACGAGGUGAAGCCUCCGGGAUACCAGCCCAUAUGGAUGAAACACCCGUACCGCCUGCCCGUCGAGGACAUCGUGGUCCCUCCCCACGAGAGCUCCAUCUGGCCAGAAAACAUCCCACACUUCAGUCUCGUGUCUUCCUAUGAUCUCAUGAUAGACUUUCUGGGAAUACGGAAGCCUUGUACUUUCUGCUGACUUGGUGAACCAUCGGGGCAGUGCACUCACACGCCACAACUCUCUCAAUAUUCAUAAUCUUCUGGAGAGUUAAAUAGGGGUUUCUCCGAAAGCAGCAGCGUCCGUGAGUCAUAGGAGAGUCCGUGAGGCACAGCAGCGUCCGUGAGGCGACGCCUCAAUGAGAACGACAACACUCAUCUCACGCAUUUGUUUGUUUGUUUUUGUUUUCUUAUUGUCAUCAAUGCCACACUGACUGUUUCCGUUCACACAGUAACAAAGGCCAAUCAGUGGACGUUUUAGCUUUUAUUGUGUAGUUUGUAAGAGGAAGUCAACAAAAAAAAUUAAAACCAUAUAUAUUUACGUAUAUAUUUUUGAGUAUUGUUUUAAAAAUGCUGUAAAACAAGGUGUGAUACUAAUUUUAGCUUAUGUGGUUUAUUUCCCCUCACCGUUGUUGAUGUGUGGCUUGUACAAUAUAUGUAGUCAAUACUCCAUAAGUGCAACACGUCCAGUGUGUCCGUUAUCUUCACUAACAUCAACACGACAGAUUCCGUUAUCUUCAUUAACAUCAACACGACAGAUUCCGUUAUCUUCAUUAACAUCAACACGACAGAUUCCGUUAUCUCAACUCAACACGACAGAUUCCGUUAUCUUCACUAACAUCAACACGACAGAUUCCGUUAUCUUCACUAACAUCAACACGACAACUUCGUCGAAUUAAUAAUAAUAUAUAUGUAGCUCUUUUA